AUGGAUAAGAAUAACCCCCAACCAGAUGCUGGAUCUGCUGCUGAUAUCAACCUGCCCGUUCAACUCUCAGAUCAAAGAAAGCUCCCACCAUGGAGACACUGGGUCCGCCAGAAGAUCCUUCCCCUUGUCCGAUGGGAGACUCCAUACCUUGCAUGGCUUCAGGAACGAAUGCGCACUCCCGCCCUUGAUACCUGGUUUGCCGUUAGUGCAAAUCUAGGCACUCACACAUUUUACAUGGUAAUGCUGCCGAUAUUGUUCUGCAUGGUUCACCUCCUUGCGAGCGGUGUGUUUUUUAGUGGGUUUUUGAAAGAUUUACUAUGUCUGCCUCGACCGCUCUCUCCUCCCCUCCAGCGAAUCACAAUGUCCGGCUCUGCAGCUUUGGAGUACGGAUUUCCCUCCACCCAUUCUACGAAUGCCGUCUCCGUUGUUGUGUAUGCCAUUCAUAACCUGAGCUCAAUGGACUCAGAUCUCUCGCCAUUCUCAAAGGGGCUUUUCCAGCUUCUAUUAUUUGUGUAUGGGACGUCUAUCGUUCUGGGACGGCUAUAUUGUGGUAUGCAUGGCUUUUUGGAUGUGAUUUGGGGAUGUCUUCUGGGUGCUCUCUUGGGAUUCGUACAAUGUGCGUACGGUACCUCAAUAGAUGACUUCGUGCUUUCCGGAUCCAUUCGAGGCCCACUCAUCGUACUCUUAAUCAUCCUUGUAUUGGUUCGAAUACAUCCAGAACCGGCGGACUCUUGCCCGUGUUUCGAUGACAGUGUUGCCUUUGCCGGCGUGCUAAUUGGGAUUGAGGCCGGCGGUUGGCACUUCGGCAAGACCGGGUUUGGAAACGCACAUCCAAUUCCGGGCAGUGUUAUCUUUGAUUUCCAGAAAAUCGGCUGGCUGAAAACCAUCUUGCGGGUUUUGCUGGGCAUCGGCACUAUCUUUGUUUGGCGAGAGGUUAUGAAACCAUCCCUACUUCGCUUUCUCCCACCGCUAUUCCGGAUUAUCGAGAAGCUGGGCUUCAGUCUUCCAAGAAGAUUCUUUACUCAAGCUUCGGAAUAUCAACGCGUUCCAGAACACUUGAAGGACAACGAUGUAAUUCCCAAUGUCUCGGAGAUUCCUUCUAUGCUUACAUCAAUCCGCCAUCCACGCCGUCGUGCCGUUUCCAUUGGGCCCCAAUCCGAAGCCGAUGCCUAUGAAACCCUCGCAUAUCGUGAACACCGCAGACGACAAAGUUUAUCUUCCCAAGCAAAACCUCAGGUCGCUGGAUCAUCAACCACUGGCCGCAACAGUAAUGCCUCUAUUUCAAACCCCAGCCCUCCCGCGCGCUACCAAUCCCCAAGGCCAGCGAACAGGAGCCCUUUACGAAUUGACGAUUAUGAACAUAUGAUGGGAACAGGAACCCCGACGUACGAGCAAAACGAGUCUAAUACUGUUGGGGAAAUAGCAACCCAAGCUGCAGACUAUACUCUUCGGCCACAAGGAGAAAAGGAGAUGUUCUCCAUGAUAACCAAACCACGCGUACGAUAUGACGUCGAAGUUGUGACGAAGCUGAUUGUUUAUUCCGGCAUUGGCUUGUUAGCUGCAGAAGUCAACCCAAUCUUAUUUUAUUUGCUUGGGCUUGACGGCCAAUAA